UAUUGAGACCAAGUACAAGAUGGACGUCAAUGCCCACGUCAUUGCGUCGCUUAACAGGGCCAUCAAGACUGGCGCCGAUAAGAAUGUCUUCUCGCUGCCUAAAGGUCCUUCUGGAAAGAUCAAACUUGCCCCCAAAACAUCCGGCGCUGCUUCAGCGAAAGAGAACGCCAACCCUGCUCCUAAGUCGACGUCUACCAAAAAGGCAACCGGGGAUAAGGCCAAACCUAAGAAACCUCUAGCCCCUAGUGGCUCAUCGAUCAAGAGUACCAAGGCAAAGGCCGUAGGCACUAAAAAGACUGCUAUUCCGAAGGCCUCUUCGAAGACGGCCGCAUCCAAGGUGAAAGGGACCGCGAAGAAGGCCACGACCUCCAAAUCUACCACUGCGAGGCCUGCCGCUAAGAAGCCGGCGGCGAAGCCUGCUGUUGCAAAGAGGGUUGUUGGUAAAGCUGUUGCAACCAAGACGAAAAAGCAGCCUUCAAGCAAAGCUACCCCCAAGAAGCUGGCUACUGGUGCGACACCAAAGGCCAAGCCGGGCUCCAAGUCCACAGCUGCAGCCAAGUCACCCAAAAACAAGCAAGCACCAGCUUCGAAGAAGUCAAAUGCUCCCGCCUCAAAGAAGGCAUCACCAAGGAAAGAGGCUCAUGCAUAAUUGCAUCCUCUUGAGACUGCUGCCAGUUUAUUGUACACUUCCUCUAUUGGCUUCAUAAUACCCGUAUGAUCUCGUAUGCUAUGGUUCUGGCUCCAAUUGCCCUCCGUGCUACACCCCUCCCGCAGACGUUGAAUCUUUACCUUCGUUUGGUCCUACGCGUUCUAUUUUCUUGUUCAAUUUCUUGUGUCUGUUGUUUGUGUGUAACAUACAAUUUGGUCGUUUAUCUUUAUUAUGAUUCCAUCCCAAAGGACAUGAUCGAGCAUGCGAAUGG